CGAAGUGAGACAGAGGCUUUGGACGGUAGAAGCCGGGGCCGUCGGUAGAUGGCGGUAACCCAAGAAAUCUGAUCCACAGGGUUCUCGGGCACUCUGUCUCAGUUUGCAGCACUCGCACUGAAGGCGGAGGAGCUGAACAGUUUGAAGGACAUAAUAAAAUUAGGAGGAAUAGGAGAGCUCACGGCGGGUCCUCUCGAGUUUUGCGCGCAGCCCUCCCGAGCAGGAGACGCAACGCUUUUCCACAAAGAAAUACGGGAAAACUAAAAACACCAUGGAAGACAAAUCGAAUUCGUUCUCCAGCAACAAGGAGGAGAAGGCGGAUGGGAAUAAUGUUUUUCAGAGGCAAGACUCGAUACAGAAAAAUAACACAGGAAGCCAGAAGGACCACGGCAACUCAGUGGGCUUCAAGGGGGAGCGGGAAGAGGCCAUGGUCGGUUUUGACGAUCUGGACGGGGCGGCAAGGCAACAUGGUUUUAUGCAGAGGCAAUUUGGGGCCAUGAUGCAGCCCGGAGUGAAUAAGUUCUCCUUGCGUAUGUUCGGCAGUCAGAAAGCAGUGGAGAAAGAGCAAGAGAGGGUUCAAACGGCCGGAUACUGGAUCAUUCAUCCAUAUAGCGAUUUUAGGUUCUACUGGGACUUGAUAAUGCUCAUCAUGAUGAUGGGGAAUCUAAUCAUCAUUCCUGUGGGAAUAACAUUCUUCUCAGAGCAGACUACCACCACCUGGCUGGUCUUCAAUGUAGCCUCGGACACCAUCUUCCUGGUGGACCUGGUCAUGAACUUCAGGACAGGGAUCGUCAACGAGGAGAGCUCUGAGAUCAUCCUCGACCCCAAAGUCAUCAAGAUGAAUUACCUGAAGAGCUGGUUUGUUGUGGACUUCCUCUCCUCCAUUCCAGUGGAUUAUAUCUUUUUAAUAGUGGAGAAAGGCUUUGACUCUGAGGUAUAUAAAACAGCACGUGCCCUGCGAAUCGUCCGCUUCACGAAGAUCCUCAGUCUUCUGCGUCUGUUGAGACUGUCCCGACUCAUCAGAUACAUACAUCAGUGGGAGGAGAUUUUCCAUAUGACCUAUGACCUGGCUAGUGCAGUGGUAAGAAUAUUUAAUUUGAUAGGGAUGAUGCUGCUUCUGUGUCACUGGGACGGCUGCCUCCAGUAUCUGGUGCCUCUCCUCCAAGACUUCCCCCCUGACUGCUGGGUGUCCCUAAACGGUAUGGUUAACGUUUCCUGGGGUAAGCAGUACUCUUAUGCCCUCUUCAAAGCCAUGAGCCACAUGCUGUGCAUUGGGUAUGGUGCCCGGGCACCUGUCAGCAUGUCUGACCUGUGGAUCACCAUGUUGAGUAUGAUUGUUGGAGCCACGUGCUACGCCAUGUUUGUGGGCCACGCUACAGCUUUAAUUCAAUCGCUGGACUCCUCACGCAGGCAAUACCAAGAGAAGUACAAGCAAGUGGAGCAAUACAUGUCCUUCCACAAGCUUCCAGCAGACAUGCGGCAGAAAAUCCACGACUACUAUGAACAUCGCUACCAAGGCAAAAUCUUUGAUGAGGACAACAUCCUGAGUGAACUCAACGACCCUCUCAAAGAGGAAAUUGUCAACUUUAAUUGCCGUAAGCUGGUGGCCACCAUGCCUUUGUUUGCCAAUGCGGACCCCAACUUUGUGACGGGGAUGCUGAGCAAGUUGAAGUUUGAGGUCUUUCAACCCAAUGACUACAUUAUCCGAGAAGGCACUGUCGGGAAGAAGAUGUACUUCAUUCAACAUGGUGUUGCAAGUGUCAUCACCAAGUUCAGCAAGGAGAUGAAGCUGACAGAUGGAUCCUACUUUGGAGAGAUCUGUCUACUCACCAAGGGCAGACGAACUGCGAGCGUGCGUGCAGACACCUACUGUCGACUCUUCUCCCUCUCUGUUGAUCAUUUCAAUGAGGUGCUAGAAGAGUACCCCAUGAUGCGGCGCGCUUUUGAAACGGUUGCCAUUGACCGAUUGGACCGCAUUGGGAAGAAGAACUCCUUGUUGCUGCAGAAGUUCCAGAAGGAUCUGAACGCCGGCGUUUUCAACACGCAGGAGAACGAGAUAUUGAAGCAGAUUAUCCGUCAGGACAGGGAGAUGGUGAUGAUGGUGGACCGCAAGCAGUCAGUUACCGGGAUGAACUCAACACCAAUGUCAGGAAACUCCAUCAUUAACUCACCAGGCCAACCUCCCUUCCCCACUGCCUUCAGCACCAAUCAGCUCCAGCAGUCCUCUGUUCCCCUGACCUACAGUGCUUCAGCCAUUGCCAAUGCCUCUGCUGCCCGCAUGCUGCCAUCCACUGCUGCGGCGGCGCACGGGGUUUACCCUGCUCCCAGUCUUUCUCAUGGCAGCCUGAAUUCAUCCUCCAUCAACCCACAGACCCCACAACAGCAGCAAGGAGCGCUCAUGUCGCCCUUCUCCUUCACGGCUGCAAUGUGUAGUCCCCCUGUGCAGACCCCUCUGGCUAGCAGGAGCUUUCAGUACAGCUCGCGCACAGCCUCCCAGCUGUCACUUAUCCAGCAGCCCAUGGCUCAACCAUCUCUAUCCACACAGCAGCAGCUCGCCCAGCAGCCUGCUGCAUCGACUGCUGCCGCAGUCUCUGCAGCACUGCAGCAGCAGCAACCGUCACCUCAGCAACAGCAGGUCCCUUCACCUCAGCGAGGAGACAUCCACAAGAGCACACAGGCUCUGCAGUCAGGCAGCUUGGGUCGAGAUGUCAGACAUUUAUCGGCCUCCCAACCAUCACUGCCACAUGACACAGCUCUGGGGCCCAGAGUGCACCCAGCAUCAGGAGACUCUCUGGCCUCCAUUGCGCCACCGACGGCAGCAGCGAUCCAGGGAAUGAAUCUGCAGAGUGGCAUCCGCACCACAGUGCCCCAGCGUGUCAAUUUAUUCCGGCAGAUGUCGUCAGGAGCCUUGCCCCCGGUGCGCUCUGCGGCGGCUGCGGCGGCGGCAGCAGCAUCAUCCUCGUCCUCCUCAACCCAGCACAGGGAAUCUCCCGGAUCGAGGAGGGAUUCUGUCCUAAGCAGUACAGAGACCGAGCAAGACAAAAUGCGGUUUGCAUCAAAUUUAUGAUCCUAUUUUUCCCUUUUCAUUUUUUAAACUUCAAUAUGUUUCAAUUCAUUUUUAAAAGUGGAGAUGCAACAAAAGAGAUAAAGAUGAGGAACUUCAGCUUCAACUUCAACUUUUUGUUUCUCUCCAAUUUUCUUCUAAAAUAUCCUCAUAGAAAUCCUGUACAUACAAGCCCUUGUAUUAUAUUUUAGACAUAUUGUUUCCCUAAACUUCAGAAUGUAUAUUAUACAGAUACAUCUCUCUUCUUUUACGCCAUAUAUAUACAUAUGUAUAUAUAUAUAGCCUACUGCUGUAUGUAUGGGUGAGAGUGUGUGUGUGUGUGUGUGUGUGUGUGUGUGUGUGUGUGUGUGUGUGUGUGUGUGUGUGUGUGUGUGUGUGUGUGUGUGUGUGUGUGUGUGUGUGUGUGUGUGUGUGUGUGUGUGUGUGUGUGUGUGUGUGUGUGUGUGUGUGUGUGUGUGUGUGUGUGUGUGUGUAAAAUCCAACUAGAAUAUUUGGCAAUGGCAAUUUAAAAGCUGUAGUAUAAACAUGAGUCUUCCUUUCUGAGAAAUAUAAAGAAUUAUAUACAAUGUA